ACCGUCGCGGAUUCGGCGACGGAAACAUGGCGGCCGUGGCCGGGCCGGCAACGGAGAAAGUUUUUACCGAGACUGGCCUUUACUAGUGCGCAUGGUUUCGAGCCCUUGCUCCCUCUGGCGUGCCACCUUCCCGUUCUGAAUCACAGGCUCAGCCCUAACCUCACCAGCCCCUUUACCGUGUUAGCUCGGAACAGACUCCGAGGAUUGAGCGCGCGUUGGUAACCACGGCCGAGUCAGAUCACUUUAAAGAAAAUUUCCACCUGAGAAGAUGUUGAAAUAGGAUUUACGGAUACAUUGGAUUUGUUGAAUGAAUACCAGCAGUUUUUGUAACGUGGGGGGAAAGCCUAAAUUGCGAUUACAUGUGUAAAUCACUGCGUUAUUGCUUUAGUCAUUGUCUCUAUUUAGCAAUGACAAGACUGGAAGAAGUAAAUAGAGAAGUGAACAUGCAUUCUUCAGUGAGAUAUCUUGGCUACUUAGCCAGAAUCAACUUACUGGUUGCUAUAUGCUUAGGUCUGUAUGUAAGAUGGGAAAAAACAGCAAAUUCCUUAAUUUUGGUAAUUUUUAUUCUUGGCCUUUUUGUCCUUGGAAUUGCCAGCAUACUCUAUUAUUAUUUUUCAAUGGAAGCAGCAAGUUUAAGCCUCUCCAAUCUUUGGUUUGGAUUCUUGCUUGGCCUCCUAUGUUUUCUUGAUAAUUCAUCCUUUAAAAAUGAUGUGAAAGAAGAAUCAACCAAGUAUUUGCUUUUAACUUCCAUAGUAUUAAGGAUAUUGUGCUCUCUGGUGGAGAGAAUUUCUGGUUAUGUCCGUCAUCGACCCACUUUACUAACCACAGUUGAAUUUCUGGAACUUGUUGGAUUUGCUAUUGCCAGCACAACUAUGUUGGUGGAAAAGUCUCUGAGUGUCAUUUUACUUGUUGUAGCCUUGGCCAUGCUGAUUAUUGACCUGAGAAUGAAGUCUUUCCUAGCUAUUCCAAACUUAGUUAUUUUUGCAGUCUUGUUAUUUUUUUCCUCAUUGGAGACUCCCAAAAAUCCAAUUGCUUUUGCAUGUUUUUUUAUUUGCCUGAUAACUGAUCCUUUCCUUGACAUUUAUUUUAGUGGACUUUCAGUAACUGAAAGGUGGAAACCCUUUUUGUACCGUGGUAGAAUUUGCAGAAGACUUUCAGUUGUUUUCACUGGAAUGAUUGAACUUAUGUUUUUUAUUCUUUCAGCAUUUAAACUUAGAGACACUCAUCUCUGGUAUUUUGUAAUACCAGGCUUUUCCUUUUUUGGAAUUUUCUGGAUGAUUUGCCAUAUUAUUUUUCUUUUAACUCUUUGGGGAUUCCACACCAAAUUAAAUGACUGCCAUAAAGUAUAUUUUACCCACAGGGCAGAUAAUAGCCUUGAUAGAAUAAUGGCAUCCAAAGGGAUGCGUCAUUUUUGCUUAAUUUCAGAGCAGUUGGUUUUUUUCAGUCUUCUUGCAACAGCGAUUUUGGGAGCGGUUUCCUGGCAGCCAGCAAAUGGAAUCUUCUUGAGCAUGUUUCUAAUUGUUUUGCCAUUGGAAUCUAUGGCUCAUGGGCUCUUCCAUGAGUUGGGUAACUGUUUAGGAGGAACAUCUGUUGGAUAUGCUAUUGUGAUUCCCACCAACUUCUGCAGUCCUGAUGGUCAGCCAACAUUACUUCCACCAGAACAUGUACAGGAGUUAAAUUUGAGGUCUACUGGCAUGCUCAACGCUAUCCAAAGAUUUUUUGCGUAUCAUAUGAUUGAGACCUAUGGAUGUGACUAUUCCACAAGUGGACUGUCGUUUGAUACUCUACAUUCCAAACUGAAAGCUUUCCUUGAACUUCGGACUGUGGAUGGACCAAGACAUGAUACAUAUGUUUUGUAUUACAGUGGACACACCCACGGAACAGGAGAGUGGGCUCUAGCAGGUGGAGACAUACUACGCCUUGACACACUCUUAGAAUGGUGGAGAGAAAAGAAUGGUUCCUUCUGUUCCCGGCUUAUCAUCGUACUAGACAGUGAGAAUUCAACCCCUUGGGUGAAAGAAGUGAGAAAAAUUAAUGACCAGUAUAUUGCAGUGCAAGGAGCGGAGAUGGUAAAGACAGUAGAUGUUGAAGAAGCUGACCCACCGCAGCUGGGUGACUUUACAAGAGACUGGGUAGAAUAUAACUGCAAUUCCUGUAAUAACAUCUGCUGGACUGAGAAGGGACGCACAGUGAAAGCAGUAUAUGGUGUGUCAAAACGGUGGAGUGACUACACUCUGCAUUUGCCAACAGGAAGCGACGUGGCCAAGCACUGGAUGUUACACUUUCCUCGUAUUACAUAUCCUGUGGUACAUUUGGCAAAUUGGUUAUGUGGUUUGAACCUUUUUUGGAUCUGCAAAACUUGUUUUAGGUGCCUGAAAAGAUUAAAAAUGAGUUGGUUUCUUCCUACUGUGCUGGACACAGGACAAGGCUUCAAACUUGUCAAAUCUUAAUUUGGACCCCAAAGUGGGACAUUAUUAAGAGUUCACACUACCAAUUAUCACUAACUUGCCAUUUUUUGUAUGCUGUGUUUUUAUUUGUGAACUAUAUCUUGCUACUUCUGUAGCUGCUCUCACUUUGUCUUUUCUCAAGUAAUUAUGGUAUAUGUAAGGUGUUGGGAAUAACCAUUGUUUUAUACUAAAAGUAUAUAAGAAGUCAUAAAUGCUGACUCUAUAAAUGCAUAAGAGAUGUUAAAAAUAACAAUGCACUUUCAGGAAUGUUUGCAUAUGUCUGUGAUUAGAAAGAAAACAGUUGUCUGUGCUCUACAGUGGCCAAUGAAGAAUGACUAAUGCCUUAUUUUCUAGGCAUAGAUUAGAGAAUGUAGACCAGACAAAUUUGUUUACUAUUGGUAGAAAACUACCAAUUUAAUUAGAGAAGAUUCUUUUUUCUAAACAGGUUUAAUCCAAGACUAUUUGAAGAACGAUAAACUCUUUCUCCUUAGAAAAGAAAGAGGCCUGCCCAAAAUGAAUGCAAAAUUUUCUUAUACUCCAUCAUAUGCAGAUAUCUUGGUGACCUAUUACCAAUGUAGCAGAGAAGCCCCAAUUACUUUUUAGAUCCAAACAUUAUAUAGGUAGUUAUAGAAGGUUAGGGCCUACAAGUUGCUCCUUAGUGCAUUGAUGAGGGCCCCUGAAAACACUGAUAGUUUUAAAAGUCUUUCUCAAGGCAACUUGAUGUUUUCGUAAUGAACAAUGUUUCCAGCUACAAAUUCCUACCAAGCAAAUUGUCUUCCUUUCCAAAAAGUACUCUUAUAAAAGAAAUUUAGCAAUUUCUCAUUGACUGACUCAGUCUAUCUUAAGUAUUCAGAAAAGAUUUUGGUCUCUAGAGCUAAUAUUCUGCCAGGAAAAUUAUUUUUCAAAUCCUCAUUAGUGAUAACAUUUUUUUCUACUGAAAGUCAAAGACUAGGAAACAGGUCUUUUUUCUCUUGUAUACAUGUAAUGUAUUAUGUAAAAAGGUAUUCAUAUUGGCAAUUUUAGUUAAGCAUAAUGGUGUGGUUGUAAUUUUUAGAACUUAAAUUCAGUGCUUUGAUUAAAGCAGGCACUGGUCAGGUUAUCUCUUAAGAGGAAUUCACUUUUUUAUUCCCUUCAAAUGUUACAUUCUAAAUUUUCAUCUUUCAAAAAUAACAAGAGGGGAAUAGAAUCAAAUUUAAUCUUUGUUGUUUAAAUGCUUUGACUUUCCACCAUUGAAGCCAUUUUUCCAGCCUCAGAGACAGAAAAUAAUGCCUCUACCAUUUUCUACCAGGUGACUUAAAAACUGAAGUUUUAGGUUAGAAAGAAGUCACUUAGAGUCAGGGAACUCGUAUACCACUAUCUAUGCAGCAUUGUUAUGGUCUGGUUAUUUCUGUUUUAAAUAUUAUUCUCCUAAUGCUUUGAAUAAAAUUUUGUUAAAAAUUAA